AUGGCACCGCCAUCGAUAUACGGAGAACCAAAAAUUACGCAUGAUACAGCAUCUGGAAGUGUUUUCCUUGACGUUAUCGUCACAGGUGUGAUACCAGCAAAAACAAAAUGGUUUUUCGGUGACAAGGAAUUGGAUAAGUCUGAAACGUAUGUGUUCUCAUCAAAGGACGAAGGUGGAAAACGUACGUUGCUGAGAUGUGAAAUUAAGCGUUAUCAUCUCAUCUCAAUCUUUUUUCGUCAUUUUUUUUUUAAACAUUUAUAA